AUGUUCGAGAUGUAAGGCGUCUGAUACUGGAUAGCCCGAGGUUUUGCAACGUGAUAACCUUAUGAUAAAACAGUUUUACGUGCUUGCAUGGCGUUUUUCUUUUUAUAGUUUGAACCUUUAGCAAGCAAUUCAAAAUGUCUGGUGGAAUGGCAAUGGAAACAACCCCUUCAUUCCCACAUGAAAACGAAGAGCAAGCAAUCAGCUAUCUUACAAAAUUCGGUAAGUUCUAAAUCUUUUUUGAAAAAUUUUAGGAAUGUUCAUUCGAAUUUUUUUGACAGGAGUUUGUAAUUUUAGUCACUAGUCCAAUCAGAGGCGAUGAGGAUAUCAGAGAAAGAGAAGACUCCAUCAUCAAGUUGGGGAAUUUACUGGCAUCAAGCAAAAGGACACACGAAUUGAGGCAAAUGAUUGAAGAGACCAGACCCUUCUUAGUUGCUCUCGGCAAGGCAAAAGCAGCUAAAUUGGUCAGAGAUCUGGUAGAUAUGUGUCUGAAGAUCGACCAAGAUGGUGACAUAAAGGUUGAAUUGGUCCAGGAAUCAAUCCAAUGGGCUUCAGCGCAGAAUCGGAACUUCUUGAGACAAACUCUCCAGGGUCGGCUAGUCAGACUUUACAACGAUCUUGGAAGAUAUCCCCAGGCUCUUCAACAAGGUAUGCUGCAAUCGUAGAGCACCUGACGUUUAAUAUUUUUAGCAACCGAACUUGUUCGAGAGUUGAAGAAGGUGGAUGAUAAGGACCUGAUCGUUGAAGUCCAAUUGGAGGAGUCUAAGGCUUGCUAUCACCUCUCCAGUUUGGCCAAGGCUCGAGCUGCUCUGACAUCUGCAAGAACAACAGCUAACUCUAUGUAUAUCAGUCCAGCGAUGCAGGCCGACUUGGACAUGCAAUCCGGAAUCCUUCAUGCUGCUGACGAACGAGACUUCCAAACGGCGUAUUCGUAUUUUUACGAAGCUUUCGAAGGUUACAACAUGAUUGAAAGCCAGAAAGAUGCCACCAGAGCUUUGAAAUACAUGUUAUUGAGUAAAGUAAGUGUUUUUUUAUUUGAUGUGUUUUAUUUUCACCCUUUUCUUUAGGUCAUGCUGGAUGCGUCUGAUGAAGCUACAAAUGUUUUGGCACAUAAAAACAUCGUCAAGUAUCACGGAGAGGAUGUUACCGCGAUGUUGGCCAUUGCUACAGCAGCCAAAAACAGAUCUCUGAAACAAUUUAACGAAGCGUUUGGACAUUAUAGACAAGAACUCCAAUGUGAUCCUGUUGUCAGAAAGCAUUUCAAUGCUCUGUCUGAUGCCAUGUUGGAGAAGGAGUUGUGCCGUUUGAUUGAACCCUAUUCUUUUGUCCAGAUCUCACACAUUUCCGAGAGAAUUGGUCUUCCUAUCGAGAAGGUCGAGAAAAAGUUGGCCCAGAUGAUUUUGGACCAGAAAUUUUCGGGAUCUCUUCAUCAAGGAGAUGGAAUGUUGGUUGUGUAUGACGCCGAGGUAGAAGAUCGCACGUACGACCUUGCUGUUCAAACGAUCAGAGCCAUGGGCGAGGUGGUCGAUGUGCUGUACACUAGGGCGAAGAAUAUCCGCUAA